AUGGCUGGCAUAUGGCGAGGGGUGGCUGUAGUGAUUCUGAGCAGAAUGAACAUACAUGUUGAUCAGAAAAGUUGUCAAACAACUGGGUAUAUUGCGGGUGUUGGAGAUGUGUUAUGGAGGUUGGCUGUCGCUGGAUUUCUAACUAAAAGGACAAUGAGCAUAAGGGGUACGGUAGCGAUGGAUGUCUGCGUAGCAAUUGUAUUUAUGGUGAUGAUUAUUACGAUAGAGACAUACAAACUUGCAACGUCAUCCGGGAAAGUUUCAGCAGAAUCUCCAUGUAUUCCCGGACAAGUGAAUGCAUUUGGUGAAUCACUAUGGACGUACUUUCGCCCUGACAUACUCUUAAAUCUUUACAACACGUUCGUCGUGAUAUUUAUUCUUCAAAAAACAUUGGCAUACGCACACCGCGCAGGUUUAUUCAAGGCUGUGAUAUUAUGGCAGUCUGUAUUAUUUCUCCUUGUGCUUUUGUUCAAUGGUGAAUGGCUUCUGAGACGAGCAGGAGAUGCUGAUAAAGCCUAUAUAAUAGCACCCGUUAUUGCAAGUAUGGUGUCUAUUCUGAUGGCAUUGAUUAUAACAUUUGACGGUCAGUUUGUCGGGUUCUUUACAAAGAGAUGGAAUCGCCUUGCCACGCCCAAUCCAGCAAGCAACACAAGACAUAACGACGCAACCAAUGGCUCUGCAAAUGCUGCUCUAACGACUGCAUCGAACACGAUUCCUGUUAGGUUCGAUGAUCCCAACACAAAUACGACCAAUGUAGUCGUCAAUUCAACAAGAGACAACAGCGAUACUAUAGCAGACAACUCUGCAACAUCCACAAUCCAAGAUCGGGUCAAGCUAUUUGUAUUGGAUGUACACGAUCCAUCUUCAGAAUCAAUCCAAGCAGCCAUAUUACAGAGUUUUCAACUUUCAAUUUCAACGUCUUCAUGUGGUCAAUUGGUCAUAUCUUCAUCAUCAAUAUAUCAAAAUUCAGAUCUUGAAGUUGUUGUCUAA